UUCAGAGGAAGGCGGAUCAUUGUGUCCAAUGUUUCUCCACAGAGCUGACUUGAGCCUUUCUCCUCAAACACAACGACUCCCACUGAGAUAGCUGAGAGUCGGGUUACCUCUCCCGGAGAGGAGGUGGAGGUGGACUCGGGGAAACUAACAAUGAUAAACACCAUGGAGUGCGCAGUGGACGCGCAAAGCUUGAUUUCCAUUUCCUUGAUGAAGAUCCAUAACUCCAGGACGCAGAGGGGGGGGAUCAAGCUGCACAAAAACCUGCUGGUCUCUUAUGUGUUGAGGAACGCCAGACAGGUCUACAUCAAGGAGAAAUACGCAGAGAUCUACAGGAUGCAGCAGUACGAGGAGGUGAUGACGGUCUGCAACGAGAUCCAGGAGCUCAACCCGCUCGAUCUGGACGCAGAGGACGCAGAGGAGCAGGAGCAGGCGCGAGCUGCGUGCUGCGGCGAAGAGGCGAGUCUGUGCGGCUCCGCGUGCCUCCGAUCCACGGCGCAGCCAGUGGCGCACGCGCGGCCGGCAUGCUGCUCCGCCGUGGAGGACAACAUGAAGGAACCGGAGCCCUGCUACUACCGAAGCUGCUGCAUGGAGGCUCCUUCACCGUCGCCCUGUGACCAGUUCCCCGCAAACAACAGCGCGCACUGUAACAAAACCACGGUGCUGGACCUGGACACGCAUGUAGUGACCACAGUGGAGAACGGCUACCUGCACCAGGACUGCUGCUGUGACGCGCUCCAGUGUGGCCAGGGCGCGCAGUCACCGGCCAAGAAACGGAAGGUUGAGUUCGGGUGUUGUACAUCCGACAUGGAGGAACUAUCGGAUUUUACAGCGGCUCGAAAGAGGGCGAAACGAGAGGACUGUUCCUACCCCCACCCGGACUACACGGACACGUCCAACAUCUCCAACCUGAUCUCCAUCUUCGGCUCGGGGUUUUCAGGGCUGCUGAGCAGACAGGCGGACUUGGAGCAGAUCUGUAGCAAACAGGCCCUGGCCAGUCUGGGAGCAUGGACCAGGGCCAUAGUAGCAUUUUGAACACUUUACUGUAGAGGAAACCAGGCUCUGUUGGAACAUUUCAUCCCUUUAAGUAUUAGAGUUUUCUGGGAACACAUCCUUAGGAGAAGCUCUCCACAUAUUAACAAAGACACGUUUACAUAUUUAGCCUACAUCAUGUCUGUGUAGAAAAGUUGUGCUUUAUGAAACUUUUUGCACCUUUUAGUAACAUUUAGCAGAUAUUCUGGGGAAACAUUUUUUAUUGAGGUUCCCUGACAGUAUUUAUGUAACCAUUACAAAAUGUUCUCUGUAACCUUCCGGGAACAUUCCUGGAAAUAGUGAAUCAAGCCACAACGUUUUUUAAAGGUUAUAGGAAACAUUACCAAAUGGGAAACUUAGGGGAAUAUUACUGUGAAACUCACAGAGUUGAGAUGUGUGUUCCACUCAGAGUAUAGUGUGUUGGGUCACCUUUAACACAGAAAAAGGUGACAAAUAUAUCUGAAUAAUAACCAAAAGUUAUCUAAUAUUAGUCACAAAUUGGGUUCUGUGCAAAUAUGAAGUGUUCAAUUGGUUAAACACACACAAAGACUUCUGCCACAUCUAUGUAAUUAUGUGUUACAGCUGAUUUGUAGACCAGUAAAAAGUGCUUUCAUGUAAUGGAAACUAAAAUUCCAGUUUUAUCAGUGAGGUUUCUAACUGGUGACAUCACUCUCACCCUGAUUUCUGAUUGGAGGGUGUUGAUGUUCCAACUGAACCUGGUUUCCUCUAACUUUAAAUCAAAAUGACUUUAUUUUUGCAGAAAACAUAAAUGCUAUUUAAAAAGUGAUCAGUUGAUGACAAUAGUUUUGACUUGGACAAGAGUGUGGGUCAUGUGUAUGAUAUGUGCGGUCCUGUUUACAAUAUGGGAGGUGCAUGUCUAGAGAAUACACUUGUGUGACUUACAUUAGAUGGAAAAGAUGGAUCUGUUGCCUUAAAUCCAGUGCACACUACCGCUAGCUAUUGUCAUAAGUUGAAAGUACAUUGAAAGUGACUGAAUGUCUCUCCUGUUCUCUCCUGUCCUGGGCUGAGGAGCCUUUUGGGAAAAACAACACCUUCUGAAUGGACCUUGCACAUCCUGAACAGUUUGUUGUCAUGUGAAAAAAAUGUGUUCAAGACUCCCUCCUUAACAGCUUUUGGGUCACAUGGACUCUGAACUAGCUCAUAUCACUUAAUGGAGUGCCAACACUCAUUCUGUUACACUUUUUGGGCUAUUACUGUGGUCAUCACUACACCUCACUCCCCAGUGUCUGAUCCAGGUUAUUUUGGCAUCCUCUCUUAAUCAAUGCUCGAAGCCUUCACAGCAAUUCAUAAUUCCAACCUGUCUUGGUUUUGUGAGUUUUACUUUGUUUUGUAAAGGAAUAGUCCUUUUGUUUUAAAAAGGCAAUCUCAUAAUUUAGCCAUAACCUAAAAAAAAAUCCAUGCAUUAGCUUUAUGAGCACUAUGUGUACCAAAAUAAAGAGAGUAUUCAGCCAUUCUCUACAUAUUUUCUUGUUAUUCUUGUAUUUUUGUGCUUAAUAAAUUGUAUAUCACCGGGUAAAACUGUUGCAGAAAAUAUUUGUUAAAAAUUUAUAAUCUUAAUAAAAAAUGUAAACCAU